AUGGUGGCUGAUUUCCUUACCAGCCUGAGUAUGAGCGCUCAGACCUCCCCGGCGCAGAAGGGCCUGAACCCGGGGCUCCUGUGCCAGGAGAGCUACGCCUGCAGCGGCAGCGACGAGGCUGUCUUCGAGUGCGACGAGUGCUGCAGCCUGCAGUGUCUCCGCUGCGAGGAGGAGCUCCAUCGGCAGGAGCGCCUGAGGAACCACGAGCGGAUCAGACUCAAGCCUGGCCACGUCCCUUACUGUGACCCCUGCAAGGGCCCCAACGGCCAUUCGCCGGGGGUGAGGCAGAGGGCGGCGGUGAGGUGCCAGGCCUGCAAGAUCAACUUGUGCCUGGAGUGCCAGAAGAGGACUCACUCUGGGGGUAACAAGAGGAGACACCCCGUCACUGUCUACCAUGUCCCGAAGGCCCAGGAGUUACUGGAGGAAGAAGAGAUGGACGAGGAGACCAAGAGGAAGAGGAUGACCGAGAAGGUGGUGAGCUUCCUCCUCGUAGAUGAAAAUGAGGAAAUUCAGGUGUCUAAUGAAGAGGACUUUAUUAGGAAAUUGGACUGCAAACCUGAUCAGCACCUGAAGGUUGUUUCCAUUUUUGGAAAUACUGGUGACGGGAAGUCUCAUACCCUCAAUCACACUUUCUUUUAUGGCCGUGAAGUCUUCAAAACCUCCCCUGCCCAGGAGUCCUGCACCGUGGGAGUAUGGGCAGCCUACGACCCAGUCCACAAAGUGGCAGUGAUAGACACGGAAGGGCUCCUGGGGGCUACGGUGAAUAUCAGCCAGAGAACACGGCUGCUGCUUAAGGUCCUGGCCAUCUCAGACCUCGUCAUCUAUCGAACUCACGCAGACCGACUGCACAAUGACCUCUUCAAGUUCCUCGGGGACGCCUCAGAAGCUUAUCUGAAGCACUUCACCAAGGAGCUCAAGGCUACUACUGCCCGCUGUGGCCUGGAUGUGCCCUUGUCCACCCUGGGCCCUGCUGUUAUCAUUUUCCAUGAGACUGUGCACACUCAGCUGCUGGGCUCUGAUCACCCGUCAGAGGUGCCGGAGAAGCUCAUCCAGGACCGUUUCCGGAAGCUGGGCCGCUUCCCUGAAGCCUUCAGCUCCAUUCACUACAAGGGAACCAGGACUUACAACCCUCCCACGGACUUCUCCGGGCUCCGGAGAGCUCUGGAGCAGCAGCUGGAGAACAACACCACCCGUUCUCCCCGGCACCCAGGAGUCAUCUUCAAAGCCCUGAAGGCACUGAGCGACCGCUUCAGUGGAGAGAUCCCCGACGACCAGAUGGCCCACAGCUCCUUCUUCCCGGACGAGUACUUCACCUGCUCCUCCUUGUGCCUCAGCUGCGGGGCUGGAUGUAAGAACAGCAUGAAUCAUGGGAAAGAAGGAGUACCGCAUGAAGCCAAGAGCCGCUGCAGCUACUCCCACCAGUAUGACAACCGAGUUUACACCUGCAAGGCCUGCUAUGAGAGAGGCAAGGAGGUCAGCGUAGUGCCCAAGACAUCUGCUUCCACCGACUCCCCCUGGAUGGGUCUUGCAAAAUAUGCCUGGUCUGGGUAUGUGAUCGAAUGCCCUAACUGCGGCGUGGUCUACCGUAGCCGGCAGUACUGGUUUGGGAACCAAGACCCCGUGGAGACGGUGGUGCGGACAGAGAUUGUGCAUGCGUGGCCUGGAACUGAUGGAUUUCUGAAGGACAACAACAAUGCUGCCCAGCGCCUCUUGGACGGGAUGAACUUCAUGGCUCAGUCGGUGUCUGAGCUUAGCCUUGGGCCCACCAAGGCUGUCACGUCCUGGCUGACAGACCAGAUAGCGCCAGCCUACUGGAGGCCCAACUCCCAGAUCCUGAGCUGCAGCAAGUGUGCGACGUCCUUCAAGGAGAAUGACACCAAGCAUCACUGCCGGGCCUGUGGGGAGGGCUUCUGUGACGGCUGCUCCUCCAAGACCCGGCCGGUGCCCGAGCGGGGCUGGGGCCCCGUGCCCGUGCGGGUGUGUGACAACUGCUACGAAGCCAGGAGCGUCCAGUUAGAUGUCACCGAGGCUCCGGCGGAUGACGAAGGCGGGACACUAAUUGCUCGGAAGGUGGGCGAGGCUGUGCAGAACACCCUGGGAGCCGUGGUGACAGCCAUUGACAUACCACUAGGUCUGGUAAAGGAUGCGGCCCGGCCGGCGUACUGGGUGCCCGACCACGAGAUCCUGCACUGCCACAGCUGCCGGAAGGAGUUCAGCAUCAAGCUCUCCAAGCACCACUGCCGGGCCUGCGGCCAGGGCUUCUGUGACGAGUGCUCCCAUGACCGCCGGGCUGUCCCAUCUCGAGGCUGGGACCAUCCUGUCCGAGUCUGCUUUAACUGCAAUAAAAAGCCCGCUGGGACGUCCAUCUCUGGCAUGACUGGAAAGACUGUUGUGCUGA